GUAGAAACACAGGCAUGCGGUUAUAUUUCCGUUCACACUUGUUGGUAACACAACAAUACUUGUACACAAGGCCGGAUUAAGAACGAGGCGUGCGUGGCCCAACAAGGCGAAGUUUGACUUGGUUGAGGUAUUUCACUCAAAAAUCGUACGAUGUGGAAGGCAAAGGUAAUACUGUUGACUGGCCUCUGUCUGGUAUCGUUUACCUUGGGUACCUCGGUCUGUCCGGCAUUGUGUAAAUGUCAUGGCACGGAAGCAAGCUGCAGAAAGCAUUAUAAACACCUGUUUUAUAUCCCUGCAUUGCCAGAGGCUACCAAGACGCUUUACUUCACUGGAAAUUGGCUUCCACAUGUUGACAAAGAAACAUUUAAAAACAUUUCUUAUUUGCGUCUCGAAGAACUUAUUUUUGGUGGAAAUCAUAUAAAGAACAUUUCAAAAGAUGCAUUCGAGUUGUUUCCCUAUCUGCGUUUCCUAGAUCUGAGCGGGAAUCAGAUCCCGAUGGAUAUUCUCCAUGACGCGUUUUAUGGACUCCGAAACUCGAAGUUGUAUAAAAUGAAUCUUGAGGAUAUGGCCUUAACGGACGUUCCUGUGAACAUGUUCGAACACCUCCAGGCUACGCCGAUUGAUGGGUUUGGCUUGUCGAAGAAUAAUUUUACAAUGUUAAAUGGGAAUGUAUUUGCCAAGUUAAACGUUACACAUCUUGGAAUUAAUAACAAUUACAUCAAGUCAAUAAACUGGACAGGGCUUCAUAAUAUCCAGGUUUUACGUCUUCGAUGGAACAAACUACCUGAUGUUCCAGACUUCUGCUCACAACGGAAUAUAAGCAUCGUACCAAACCUUUUGGUUCUUGAUUUAGGCAGCAACAAAUUGUUUGAAAUACAACCACAUCAAUUCCGUGGCCAUUGUCUGCCAAAACUGACCAACUUAACCUUAGACCAAAACUAUUUCAGGGUUGUCCCUAACGACACCUUCCGAGAUCUGCCAUCUCUCAGGCGUCUGUCGUUAACUUGGAUUAGACAGAAUGACCUUCUUUUUGAACCUCUGGCGUUUCGGAGCGAUAGCAUGGAGCUGUUGUACAUAGCUAAUCACAUUGAUCAUUUUGUCGAGAUGAACGACUUACCCAACCUUUUCCGGUUUUGUCCUGCGCUGAAAGUCCUUGACAUGACAAAAAUUCGGCUGACAACACCCGGGGGACGAUUGCUACAAGCCAUGUUGUCUCCCCUUACCAACCUAACCAAGUUAGUUUUACAAAAUACAUAUAUAUACAACGUCCCACCAGACCUAUUUCACAAGAUGACAAAACUAGAAAAUUUAAAUUUAAUGGGCUGUAACAUACAGGGCUGGGAACCAAGGACAUUCCAAAAUGCAACUUCAAUCAGGAGGAUUUAUCUGAACCGAAACAAGAUCACCUUGGUAAACCAAACAUCGUUUCCAGCCGAGGUAUUGGACAGUCUUUCCUUCAUGAACUUACAGGGGAAUCCGUUCGCCUGUGACUGUGACGCGUACUGGUUUCGACAAUGGGUGCGGCAACACCGAUCCAUUCUGGCAUACUUCCCGAAAGGCUACCAAUGUGCCACACCCGUGGCCUGGAAAAAUAAACUCCUUGUUGAUUACGAGCCUUCCUAUCGCGAUUGUCAUCCUAUAAGCGUGUUCAUAAUCCUCGGUGCGAGUUUGGGUUCAGUCCUGGUUCUAAUCACUAUUGUUUCUUCGCUCCUAUACCACUACCGCUGGCACAUUCGGCAUUACAUCUAUAUAAUGAGGGCCAAGAGAGGGUACGAACGGAUCCCAGAAGGAGAAGACUUCGCGUUCGACGCCUUCGUCGCCUAUAACACAGAGGAUCGCGUGUUUGUUAUAUCCAAGCUCAUACCGUACCUGGAAAACGAGCAAAAUCUAAAAUUGUGUGUUCAUGAUCGCGAUUUUAAGGCAGGCAUGUUGAUUGUGGAUAACAUCCAAGAGACCAUUGGGAGAAGCAGGAAAGUUAUUUUGGUCCUAUCAAAUGCUUUUGCAAAGAGUCAGUGGUGCAAGUUUGAACUAGCACUCGCCCAGAUCCGCUCUAUUGAGGAGGGUGGUAACAUGGUGAUAAUCAUUAUGUUGGAGGACAUCGAGGCAAGAUACAUGACAAACUCCUUACAUGUCCUGCUCAAGUCCACAACAUACAUACCCUGGGCACAAAACCAGGAAGGUCAGGAACUGUUUUGGAAGCGGCUCGUGGAUUCGUUCCAAGGUCAAGGCGAUUAGAACGCUUUGGUUCAAGGACGGCCUGAUGAGUGCAUUCCAAAUUUUAUGACAAAAUUAGAUGGCGAUCUGCAGCUUGACAGUGGGAAUAACGCUGUUUCGGCGUCAAGACUUUAUGGAAUUUACCAUCCUGCUCGUUGUCUGUACUAUACAAGAGACAUGUUCGAAAAGAGGUCCAAGGUUAUAUGAAAUGAUAUUUCCCCUUCGUAAUUUUUGCAGAAUUAUUCCUCACGUUUAAUUUUUUUUUUUUUUUUUUUUUUUUCAGUUUUAAAAUCUUUUUAUUCAUCCUUUUGCAUAUUACAAGUACAUGAAAUACAUAUAAAAAAAAACCCAUCAGUUAUAGAUACAGUUUUACAGCAGCACAAUAUCAUUUUGAGAAGAGCAUCAAGGGUGACAAUAAGUUGGUAUACAUAAUAGCAACAUUUUAGAAAAUGCGUACAUGUAUAUAUAUUGAAACAAUGUUUAAUGGCUAAUAGAAAUAAAGUAUGUAUUGAACAAUUUGGAUAAAUAUGUACCAUUGUUGAAUUAUAUAUAGCUUACAGUAUUAAGAGGUUGAUAAGUGUACAUAUAUAUGUAUAGUAAGUCGACCAUCAUUUGUAUAAACUGAAGGUGUUGCAUAGUAUAGAAUAUAUAUACUGGUUUUAAGAAACAGCAGAAAUGCAAGCUACCUGAGUAUUAUUUUGAGACUUGUCUCCCUUUGAUUAAAAGCUAUAUCUGGAUUUGUAUAUAAUAUAAAAAGGCUAAUGAAAGUAGCUAUUGUUAAUUAUUGAUUUGAUGUCAUGUACUUAUAUAAGGCAAUUAGUGAAUAUAGUAAUAAAACAAGAAAUAAAGGAUUUUUUUCUUAUUAUUUACAACAUUUAAUACAGCUUUCACACUCACUUUCACACAUUUACUGAAUGCACACACACAUAUAUAUAUACUUAUACAAAUAAAAGGUGUAUAUUCAGUAAGAGAAAAAUCUAUUUUAUAUGGACCAUUUAUUUUCAAACUUAUUGUACUCCAUCUUAUUUCUAAAUAUUACUUCUUCUGUUUUCAGGUAAAUAUCUAAUUCGUUUUUGAAUCCAUUUAUAUAAGGAAGACAGUUUCUAAGUUUGUAAAUAUGAAACUUUGCUAAUAGAAGUAAAGUGUUGAGAUAUUUUAACUCUUGUUCCUUGGGUAAUUUACCCAAUAUUACAUCAACAUUUUGUAGUUGUAUAGUUCUAGUUGUCUUAUUGUAUAGCCAUACUUUAAAAUCAUCCCAAAAGUUUUCAACUAUUCUGCAUUCCCAAAACAUAUGCAUAAUUGUUUCAAUGUGACGGUUGCAAAAAGUGCAGAGAGGAGAGCCUUUUAUGUUGAUCAUAUGUAAAAAUGUAUUUGUACUAAUUAUUCUAUGUAUUAUUCUGUAUUGAAACCAUUUAAGUUUACAGUCUGGUGGAUUUAAAUGGGAUUAUAUUAAUUUUUUUCCACCAUAUUGUGUCUUUCACCAAAUCAAGUUGAUUUUGGAUAUUUUUGCAGUUUAGAGUUAA